AGAGAGGACAGGCCUGCCUUGCCCCAGUAGUCAACGGCACGCACGCGGUAAAAGCCGGAGACUGAGCUUCCUGCAAAUGAAAAGGUUAUGUGGGGACAGGUUCAACAAAGAAGCAGAACAAGACGCAUGCAGCCUGACUGAAAAUCCUCUGCUCUACUCAGGAAGCAGCGCCACUUACUUUAAAGAAAGCUGUGAUCCUGAGGUACUGCACUACUGGGUGCUGAUAGAAAAACUGUUGUGGGACUACUGCAGCUACUUUGUGCCUUUGGAACACAUAAAUGAAGUAAACACUGAAAAAAUGGAACGACCACUUGAGGCUACCAGAAUGGAAAACAACACCUCAUCCUGCUUUCUCAUGGAAAGAAAGACUCAUGCCAAGAUUAACAGGAAAAAAGUCAUGCUAGCUAAGCUGAGAAAGAGCUGCUCCUGCACACCACAGAAGCUGAAGAACUUUCUUAUGGACUUCUUUCCUGUUUUACGAUGGCUUCCCAAGUACCGAUGCAAAGAGUACAUUUGGGGGGAUGUUAUGUCUGGGUUAGUGAUUGGGAUCAUUUUGGUGCCUCAAGCAAUUGCAUAUUCAUUGCUGGCAGGUCUGAAGCCCAUUUAUAGCCUUUACACAUCAUUCUUUGCCAACAUCAUCUAUUUCUUAAUGGGCACAUCCCGUCACGUCUCAGUUGGCAUUUUCAGCUUGAUAAGCUUAAUGGUGGGACAAGUUGUGGACCGAGAGCUUCUCUUGGCUGGGUUUGACUUGAAUGAUGAUGCCCCACCAGCCCUGGGUGAUGGCUCUCUGCAGAAUGACAAUCUGUCCAACACAACUGCCUUCAACCUUACCAUUGUGGGGAUAAAUGCCGAGUGUGGGAAAGAGUGCUACGCUAUUGGCAUUGCUACAGCCUUGACAUUCAUGGCUGGAGUCUAUCAGGUUCUAAUGGGGAUCUUCCGUCUAGGUUUCGUAUCUAUGUACCUAUCUGAGUCCGUACUGGAUGGCUUUGCAACUGGUGCUUCCUUAACCAUUUUAACAGCUCAAGUGAAGUAUCUGAUUGGAAUAAAAAUUCCGCGUAGCCAAGGGCAUGGGAUGCUUGUUAUUACUUGGAUUAACAUUUUCCGGAACAUUUCUCAGGCUAACCUCUGCGAUGUCAUCACAAGUGCCAUUUGUAUCGUGGUGCUGGUCUCUGCUAAGGAACUUGGAGAUCGGUAUAAACAUAAACUGAAAUUUCCCCUUCCCACAGAGCUGGUAGUUAUUGUUGUGGCAACACUGGUGUCACAUUAUGGUAAGUUAAAUGAACUGUAUGCAUCCAGUGUUUCUGGAGCUAUUCCAACAGGAUUUAUCCCUCCAAAGGUACCAGAGUUCAGCCUAAUGCUCCGAGUUGCACUAGAUGCUUUGCCUCUUGCCAUAGUCAGUUUUGUCUUCACUGUAUCCCUCUCCGAAAUGUUUGCAAAGAAAUACGCUUACACCAUCCGAGCCAAUCAGGAAAUGUUUGCUGUGGGGUUCUGCAACAUCAUUCCUUCUUUCUUCCACUCUUUUGCAACCAGUGCAGCUCUGGCAAAAACACUCGUCAAAACAUCUACAGGCUGCCAGACUCAAAUCUCUGGAGUAAUUAGUGCAAUGGUGGUUUUGCUGGUGCUGCUCUUCUUGGCACCUCUCUUCUACUCCUUGCAGAAAUGUGUCCUGGCUUGUAUUAUCAUUGUCAGCCUCCGGGGAGCCCUGAGGAAGUUCCAAGAUGUGCCAGCACGGUACCAGGUGAAUAAAGUGGACACACUUGUUUGGGUAGUUACCAUGUCUGCCUCUGCCUUGGUCAGCACAGAAAUAGGGCUGUUGGUUGGCAUUGUUUUCUCCAUGUUAUGCAUCAUUGUUCGGACCCAGAGGCCACGAACAGCCCUGCUUGGUCAGAUCCAAGACACAAGCUUUUAUGAAGAUGACUUAGAAUAUGAAAAUCUCUCUACUGUUCCAAAGGUCAAAAUAUUUCGGUUUGAGGCCCCACUGUACUAUGCAAAUAGAAACUACUUCCUAAAGUCUCUGUACAAAUUGACCAAUUUAGAUCCUAACCUAGAAGCUGCUAGGAGGAAGAAAUAUGAGAAGAAGGAAAAGCAGCAUCUGAAAAAGGGAAAUCACAGAACUGCUAAUGGACUGGGCAUCGGAGAAACCACUUUGCAACUAGUUCCUAAACAAAUUGAUUUCCAAGCCCUUGUUGUAGAUUGCUCUUCCAUCUCGUUUUUGGACACCACUGGAGUUAAUACUUUAAAGGAAAUCCUGAAAGACUACAAGAAUUUAAAUAUUUCCGUUCUCCUGGCUUGCUGCAAUCCCUCAGUGAUAGACUCUCUGAAAAGUGGGGGUUACUUUGGAAAGGAUUUUGGAUGUAUGCAGGAAAUGCUAUUCUACAGUAUACAUAAUGCUGUGCUGUUUGCAAAAGACCAAAAGCUUCCAGCAGAUUGCUCAGUUUAACCCUGUGUCUUCCCUGAUGAUUCACUACAAAGCGACAGAUGGAGGGCGGUAGAUGGCAACAAGUAAAUUAUCAGACACACUGUUGGCUGUGUAAAGCCAUUCCACUCAAAGAGUUCCAUUUUAUGUCAUAUGCCACAUAGAGUAGCCACGGGGAAGGCAGUAUAGGACAAGCACGGAAUGGUUAGACUAUCACCUUCAUUUUAAAAUGCAGGUGAAGGCAGUUUGGGAUUGACUUGUUCAUCAUACCAUUAUCAUUUGUGACCCAAAAUGGAUGUCAGGGGACUGUCAUGGUGGAAGGCCUGCCCAGUGUUGCCCUCCCAGUGAUUUAAUGGCUGUUUUGUGUUAAGAAAGCUAAGCCACUUCCAAGAAAAUGAAAUCAGUACAGCAUUCUGGACACAUAAUGGUUUAAACUGUGGCUUGCAAGACCCUGUCUCUUCCAAUCAUUCUAGGUGUACUACUAAACAAGUCUCCCCUGUUUGCAUAAAAAUAAAAUGUAUAAAAUAUUGUGGAAUGUAGAGUAUCUCCCCAUCUUCGAUCACACAAGCAUAACCUUGUUAAUACCAUAACCUGCCACAGGAGAAGAAAUUAUGAUCCAUCACAGUUCCUCUCAAAAUUACCAUUACCAAAAAUUGCUGGUUUUGGAGUAACAGGAGUCAUCCUUUCUACUGGAUUAGGUCUAUUGCAAUUAGUUACUGAACGCUGUGAUGCCCCUAAUCAUGCUGGAAGACAUAUGACUCUAAUGCACAAUUUUGUAACUAGAAAAAGCAUAAACAGGAUUAAGAAAAAUGAAUGGCUUUAACUGGCAGCUACCCAGCCACUUGUACCAUCCUGUAAAAUAAGCUGCCUCUGGUGGGCAGAUGCAACUCUAAUUCAGGGAUACAUAAGGACCAUCAAACAUAAAACCUCAGAGCUCAUCACUAUCUUCCUACAAAUGCCUGCCUGGGUUCAAAGAAAAACAGGAGAAAAUAAGGGCAGAGUGGGAAGGUCAAGCUGUGAGUUUUCUUGAAGGGGAUUGAUGGAUCAGUCAGAACUGCCUGGCUGGUCUUCUCUGAUGCAAUGCUAAUGAAGUAUUACAAGUAACAUACAUGGGUCAAGUAAACAGAGCAAUGCUUUGUAACUUGUGCGUCCCUCUGUGCUGAAAAAUUUUCACCACUGUUUAUACACACUACAGAUGUUGUGGGGUUUUGUUUGUUUGGUGUUUUUUUCCUAUCAUAUUAGUCUUUGAUUUGAGGUCUACUAGACCAUGUUUUCUGGGGCUCGUUACUUUCUAUAAUAAUUUGCAUUAACUGCUGUUCAUUAUGCUUCAUGUCAUCAGUUGUAUUGUUGUAUAUGCAGGUUGUCUCUUCACAAAUAAGAAUAGACUUGGAUUUUGAUUGUAACAGAGUAUUCAGUGUUCUGGCCCAUGGCAUGGGCAGAAUAAUCUGUUUCAUACUCAAGUUUGCAAUUACCUGCACAGAAGGUAAGACAGCUGUGCUCACCCUCUCUCCUUUUUCAUGUCAGGUUCACAUGUCACCAAGCAUGGAAAGAAAUUGUAUCACAGCUGUGCUUCUCACAACUAACAGACUCUAGAAACAGGUUCCAUACAUGCCAAAGCCAUUUCUUUGCUGUCCCAUUUUAAAAAAAGUCAAGUCAACACAUUAUAUGACUUGCUCAUUUCAACUUUUUAGGUCACUGAAUUAAAGAACAGGACAAUCGAGGUUCUCCAGGUACCCCAGAGGCUGUCUGGCUUCUAGAAACAAGUAUUUUCUCAGAGGAAAAACAGAGCACUUCCAAAAGACCAAAAAUACCUUCACAGGGGCUACAACUAGUAUUAGUUGUAUUAGGUUAUUCGAUGUUGACGUUUCCACACACUUGUUAGAAAAGAAGCCAAUCAGCUGCACACUGUUAGUACUGCUAAAGCAGCAAACCUAACAGAAACAUCUGACUCGAGAUUCAAGGACUGACCAUUAUCAGUAUUUUCCUGUCAUAAAACAACCCACAUUAUUAUUAUUAUUAUUAUUAUUAUG